AACGGGACGCACUUCACACCAAUGAGAGCAUCCAUUGCAACAUAUGGCCCCUCCGAGGCCCCUCCUUCUCCACGCUCCAUCCUCAUUCAUGCUUCACGACAGUGGCUCACUGCAAGCCUCCUGGCCCUCGGACCAACUGUUUGGAUGCGGGUUGCUCGUUUGCACUGACAACCAACGAGACUUGCACACAAUAUUGUGCCGCGGUAGUUAGUUGCACGGAGCAGAUGAUUGCUCGCGCUCUACUUGGACCAUGACUGAAAACUGUGACGGGAUCUAUUUAUUUACAUCUUUGCACCUUUAAACGCAAGUGCAAGUGGAUUCAUAUCACGACACACUUGCAAAACAUCACAUUUCAUCAGCAACUUAAGCUCUAAAGCUCUUUUUUUUUCUUCCUCUCUUGCUGCGCACUGGAGGAGCGCGGCGCUUCUUUUGGAGUGUGUUUUUUCUCCUACUCUGGCUCCCCGACUGACUUUUUGUUGAGUUUCAAAAAGUGUCCUCACCACUCAGGACAGGGCUUAAAUGUUCGGGAUCCAGGAGCAUUUGAUGCGAGAAGUGAGCGGAUUAAAAGAAAGAAGUCUAGGAGAGGAGAUGGAUCCAGUCCGCUCUUGGGUGCGUAAUGUCGGCGUGGUGGAUGCCAACGUCGCUGCGCAAAGUGGAGUGGCCCUGUCCAGAGCUCAUUUUGAGAAGCAACCUCCCUCCAAUCUGCGCAAGUCCAACUUCUUCCACUUUGUGCUGGCGCUCUACGACCGACACGGGCAGCCAGUGGAAGUGGAGAGGACGGCUUUUGUGGACUUUGUGGAACACGACAAGGAGCAGACGGGAGAAAAGACCAACAACGGCACCCACUACAAGCUCCAACUCCUCUACAGCAAUGGGGUCCGUACAGAGCAAGAUCUUUAUGCACGACUUAUCGACUCAGUCACAAAACAGCCAAUAUCAUAUGAGGGCCAAAACAAGAAUCCCGAAAUGUGCAGAGUUCUGCUCACGCAUGAGGUCAUGUGCAGCCGCUGUUGUGAGAAGAAGAGUUGUGGUAACCGAAAUGAGACGCCCUCUGACCCAGUCAUCAUUGACAGGUUCUUCUUGAAGUUUUUCUUGAAAUGCAACCAGAACUGUCUGAAGACGGCAGGAAACCCCAGGGACAUGAGGAGAUUCCAGGUGGUCCUGUCCAGCACUGUGAGCGUGGACGGCCACGUCCUAGCAGUGUCUGACAACAUGUUCGUCCACAACAACUCGAAACACGGUCGGCGAGCUCGCCGACUGGAGCCAGGCGAGUCCGCGGAGAAUACCAUGGAGUAUGCCACCCCUUGUAUCAAAGCCAUCAGUCCCAGUGAGGGCUGGACUACAGGCGGGGCCAUGGUCAUUGUCAUUGGGGAGAACUUCUUUGAUGGGCUGCAGGUGGUGUUUGGAAGCAUGUUAGUUUGGAGUGAGCUAAUCACGCCGCACGCUAUCCGUGUCCAGACGCCGCCUCGUCACAUCCCAGGGGUGGUGGAGGUCACACUGUCUUAUAAAUCGAAACAAUUCUGCAAGGGAGCCCCCGGACGCUUCAUCUACACAGCCCUGAAUGAGCCGACAAUAGACUACGGUUUCCAGAGGCUUCAGAAAGUAAUUCCACGACAUCCUGGUGACCCAGAAAAAAUGGCUAAGGAAAUUCUGCUUAAGAGGGCAGCAGAUCUUGUGGAGGCUCUGUAUGGAAAUCCACACAGUAAUCAGGACAUGCUACUAAAAAGAGCAGCGGACAUUGCGGAGGCCCUCUACAGUGUUCCCCGUCCUCACAGUCAGCUGCAAGCACUUCCCAGCUCACCAGCCCAUGGCAGCGUCAUGGGUUUGGGUUCCUACCCUUCCCAAUUAGGUGUCAGCAUCGGGGAGCCAGGGCAGAGCAGCCAAGGUUAUAUUCGGAACUCAAGCAGCUUAUCGCCAAGAGGUUACUCCUCAGCUUCCACACCUCAGCAGUCAGGCUACGGAGGCAGCGGUGGUAUGACGGGAGGCUAUGGAACCGUUCCUAUGACCAGUCUCGGGGUUCCCGGCUCACCUGGCUUCAGCAGCGCUUCCCCCACGGGAUCCCCCUACAUAAUGCCCUCCAGCCCGACCAUACCCGGAAGCUCCAGCUCGUCGUCAUCUCUGUUGCCUUUCUCCUCUUUCCCAUCCGCUGCUAAACAGAAGAGUGCUUUUGCUCCCGUGCUCAGGCCCCAGGGCUCCCCCUCCCCGGCCUGCCCCGCCUCAGGGGGGAACAGCUUCAGAGGUAGCCAUCCGACUCACUAUCUGACCCCGCUCUCCGAACUUACGAAUGCAGUCUAACCCCUUCCUCUAACCACGACGAGCUUUGACUGAACCAGAUACAGAAAGUUGCUGGAUGUGCAGUACAUGAAUGCAAAAUUAGAAUCAUAGAUUUUGCAUAUUUUUUUCUCUCCAGCGAUGACGGGCCUGGUUGUUCCCCCGAUGUAGCAAAUCUACCCCAGACCACUGCUUCACUUAGCCCCUCUUUUGGCACUAAGAGGGCAGGGAGGAUGGAAAUUUGAUCAAUAGCAACCAUGCCUAACUUUGCUAGCUGAGCCCAUCCUGCCGUUCCUUAGUCGUCUUUGACGCAGGUCGACGAAAAGGGCAAACGUUAGAAACUAUCCAAAGACACGACAUCUUUUCCAGUUGUAGAGGAAAUUAUUUCAACCCUAGUGCAGAUAGGCAAUGAUUCUUUGCAAACCAGAGGACCAUACCACACUGUGACAUGAAGAAAACCACUCGGUCCCAAUUCAACCACAAGCUUCAAAAGCUCUGCGCUUUAUUCUGGCAUAUAUGCCACAUUCUGCAUUCUUCCAUCACCUGCCCGAACUUUUGCCAGAGAUGUACGUAUACACGAGCACUGAACAUUUUUCAAUGAUGGACAGCUCUGAUAAGCAGGGUGCUAUUCGUCUGUGUAUGGACACUUUAAACAGCAUGUGUGUACACUGUCUGUGAGUUAGCGACAUGUUUUUGUAGUGGAUUUUUUGAAGACAAUUUACAUUCCAGAAAAAAAAAUAGACCCUUUAUUUUUUGUUCUGAUCUCUAAGAUUUUACAAGUGAGAAUUGUUUGUCUCAAGGGUUAUUGCUAAAGGAAUUCAUAUAUUGAUUUAUUUAAGUACAAGCAAUUUAACUUAUUAUAGCUAGUUUAGGGAAUAAUAUAAACAUGUCUUAUAAAAGUGAUUCUUUUUCCAACUGUUGAUUAAGUUAAUUGAAAAACAAUGCGUUUCAAUUUUAAUUUUUUUCGACGUGGAUUUCAUCAAAAAUUUGGUACGUAUGACAUAUCCGCAGUUUGCAAGCUCUUUGCAUAACUACGAUUAAUAUUAUGCAUUAUGAGUCAGGUCAUAAAAGACGCUUAUUGUCCUUGUAUAAAGGAAAAAUGUUAGUUAGCCUUAUGCAUGCUUUGUUGAACCAAUACGGCGCUGUAAUUUUGUCAUCUUACGUUGCAAAUUUGAAUAACAUUUAAAUUUUCAGCUUCAUUCGACAUGUUUCUGCAGAGCACAUGUUAGUUUCUAUGCAGUACAGUAGAUGAAAGCACAAUAAAAGUCUUCGGUACAUUGUGGGUACAACAUACAUUGAUAUUAAACACAAAUGACAUUCUCAGGAUGUGAAAACAAAGAACACCCAGAGUUGAGGACUUUUUAUAAAUUUCUUUUGAGAGUUUGGUUAAUUUUAUUUAUUUAAAAAUAUUAGCAAUUUUAAUAUUAUGUUUUGAACCCAUCUUUCUUUAAAACGGUACAAACAUGGUGCAAAAGUGAUUUGUAUAUCGCAAGGUGUAAUUAUAUUUUGUGCUCCAAAUAAAACCAUGAAGCAAA